AUGGCAUUACAUCUAGCGUUAUGUCUAUGUGUCUAUCUGCUGUCUAUUCUAGGUGCAGAAGGAAGUAUUGAUGAUUUUGAUUGUGUUGAGAUAUACAAACAACCGGCUUUCCAACAUCCAUUGUUGAAAAAUCACAAGAUUCCGGAAACAUUCAGCUCAUAUGAGGAUCUUGAAAGAAGCGACAACUAUGAAAAGAAAGACCAGUGUCCAAAGGGAACGGUUCCAAUCUUAAGACAACGAAAUGGAUCCGAGAGCUUUCAUUUGAACACACCCGAGCAUUUGGGUCAACAUUUUGCAACAAUUCAGACGUCCAUUUUAGAUGAAAGUAUCUAUCGAGGAGCCGAGGCUGAAAUAAGUGUUCAUUCUUUAAAUUUGCAAGUGAACCAAUAUAGUAAAAGUCAAAUUUGGUUAGAAAAUGGAUAUUCAGGUCAACUCAAUAGUAUACAAGCUGGUUGGGCGGUGCAUCCAAGAUUGUACGGUGACAGUGCCACACGAUUUACAAUAUAUUGGACUGGAGAUGGCUAUGGUAAAACUGGGUGCUACAACACACAAUGUCCUGGUUUUGUUGUUUUAAGUCGAAAUCACAGAAUUGGAAAUCAGUUCUCCGGAUCAUCUGUCUAUGGAAAAACAAGCUUUUAUUUUACACUGCAAAUAUUUCAGGAUCGUUCCAGCGGAAACUGGGGACUUAAACUAGAUAAUGAAGUAAUUGGUUACUGGCCGAAAGAGUUGUUUAAAGAGUUAAACAAAGGAGUGUCUUUCGUGAGAUAUGGAGGAAAUACAUUUAUGUCCACCGAUGAAAUAAGUCCUCCAAUGGGAAAUGGAGAUUUUCCAGUUGCAGAUGUUUUAAAGACGGCAAAUUUUAAAAAUGUCUUGGUUAUAGACUCUAACUACAAAAGAGUUUAUGCUGAAGAGAAAAAUCUAAGACAAUAUGCUGAUACCUAUGAAUGCUUUAGGGUUAGAUAUUUGGGUAUUAGCAGAUCUAGUGGAAUGUCUUUCGCUUUUGGAGGACCAGGUGGCAGAUGUAGUUAUUGA